UCAUUCUGUAGAAUCAGUGCUGUGUAUUAUAGAACUAAUAACAAUGUGUUGCUGAAUAAAAUAUUGGGAUUUUUGCGUCAAGAUGUCUCAGUUGAUUGAAGAUGUGUUUUAAAUAAAUUCCAAUAACUCAGGAAUUAACCAAUUUAUAUGAUGUGUCGUCAUGUUGGAAAUAAAAACCUGAAGAUUUUUGCAUCAGUAUUCUUUAAAUGAAAAUGUCUGAUAAUUCUUCGUUAUGUGUCAUGUUUUCCUUUAGAAUGGACUUUUUACGGUGACAGGAUAAUUUCAAGCAAUGAUGCCCUUUACCACUGCAAUGACUUGUAUCCCCUCCAAAGGUCAUUUAGCAACAUGGAGAGUUACAGAGGGAAAAUGUAAAAUCAUCUACCAUGACAGUGAAGAGAGCCUUAGGCGAGGAGGUAUAUCAUAUGAUAAGCAAGAUGAAACGGCUAUAUAUGUGAGAAUGCUUGGUGAUGUUCGGAUGAAAUCAAAGCCAGACAAGAGUAAUGAAGGAAAGCGGAAAGCAUCAAUUUCAGAAUCAGACAUGAAACUUUUAGAUAAAUUGUCUUCUAGAGAUAAUAAAAGACAGUGGCCCUCACGUUUCCUAAGUCUUCACAAACGACGGCAGCGACGACGGCCUGUGGCAACUCUGUCUCAUCAACAUGUCUCAUUAUUAGAUGCCCAAUAUCAACGACAGGCUGAGUGUCUCCUUUCCAAUGUGGGCAAUUGGAAUUUUGACAUUUUCAGCCUAGAUCUUUUAACCUGUGGUAGACCAUUACUUCACAUUGCCCUUAAUAUUUUCCGACAAUAUGAUCUCAUAAAUACAUUCAACUUAGACAUCAUGAAAGUGUUCCAGGUUUUCUCAUUAAUAGAAGAUGGCUACCAUAGUUCCAAUCCAUACCAUAAUGCUGUACAUGCUGCAGACGUCACACAAGCUAUGCAUUGUUAUCUUCAGGAGAAAAUGCUACAGGGUUCCAUUCCAAAAUUUGAAAUCAUGACUUCAUUAGUAGCUGCCAUGAGCCAUGACCUUGAUCAUCCAGGGGUCAACCAAACUUUCAUGAUUGCUACAGCCAAUCAUUUAGCUGCCCUUUACAAGAAUACCUCAGUUCUAGAAAAUCACCAUUGGAGAUCUUGUAUAGCCCUCCUUCAACAAUCCGGUGUUUUUAACCAUUUUGAUAAAAAGACAUGGGAGCAAGUAGAAUGGCAACUCAGAUCAUUAAUACUAGCCACUGAUAUUACUAGACAACAAGAAUUUCUCUCUAGGUUUAAGAAAUAUUUAGACGAUCCUAACUUUGAUUUUAAAAAUAAUUUUGAACAAAGGCAUUUUAUGCUACAAAUUGCAUUAAAAUGUGCUGAUAUAUGUAAUCCAUGCAGAGACUGGCCAGUCAGUAAGCUCUGGAGUGAACGUGUCUGUGAUGAGUUCUUUAGACAAGGUGAUUAUGAAAGACAGCUUCAAAUACCAGUUACCCCUCUCUGUGAUAGAAAUGCUACAACUGUAGCUAAGAUACAAGCUGGAUUUCUGCAGUUUGUAGUUGCUCCUUUAUUUCAAGAAUGGCAAAGAUUUUUGCCUACUCCUUUAAGCAGUCAUAUGAUAAAAAAUGUGAAGCUCAAUUUGGAACAGUGGCAAAUUAUUAUUGCUGACGAAAAUAAAGAAAAAGAAAUCUUGAUUGCAGAACAGGAGUUAAAUGAACAAAAUGAAAAGUCUGAUGUGGAAGACUCGGCUGAAACUGUUUCAUUGCAUGUUACUGAUGAAGAAGAUGAUAAGGUUGAGGAUGGAAGACUACCAUUAACAUUUGCUCAUCUUUUAGACGAUCAAGAGGACUUAUCUUAUAAUAGUAGUCGUAGGGGAAGUAUCCGUAGUCUAUCUCCCGUCAGAGAAGAACCAGAUUCUUUGUUGUUAGAACAAAGACGUCAUAGCAUGCCACCAUGUUGUUUUCAGAAGGAAAUAACAAAUGUGACAGUUCACAGAGACAUUUUACCAUUAACGCAAUAUUUGCGGAGGCGGAGCUUGCCGACCGCUAUGAUUCUCCAUGCUACCUCUUUAGAACGUCUUACAGACAAACUGUCAGCAUUAGCUAGUGAACGAGUAACUUUACAAAAGAAAAGUACAUCAAUGGAAGAUUUUCUGGCAAGGCCAAAGAUUUCUAACUUAAGUCCCAGUUUUGAAGCAAGUAGACUUGCUAGUGGAUUAUAUGUAUCUUCUCAGCCUUCCAGUCAUGGAAACGUAGUCAGAUUUCUGUCUAAAAGACGUAAAUCACAAACUCUUCCUCACUCAGAAGAUGAUGAUAGUGACCAGGGUGAUUCUAAUGACUCAGAUUUUGAAACACAAGAUGAUCACACAUUCCCAAAGGAAGCAUUAGUCAAUAGAACUCAAUUUUCUGUUCCAAUCAUUUCAAGGGAAGCAACUCAUCCGUCUUUCAAUUGUGUGAACAAUAUAGAGCAUGACAGGGUUGUCAACUCUUUACAUGAAGGUUUAACUAAUUUUCAUGAAUUAAAUGUAAAAGGUAAUUCACCUAUUGAUAAAAUGCCUCAUGUAGAAUCCACAGAUAUUGAUAGCGGACUUAUACCACCAGAUAUCACAAAAAAAGUAGUUCCUAAUGCUGUUUCACCCACUAGUCUUUCCCAGUGAUAUUGACCUUGUGCUGAUUUUAACCCUUAGGAUCAUUUUUGUAACUCAGGAGAAAAAAGUCCUUGGACUAAAUGUAUUAAAGUAAUGAAAUUAUAGUUUUUAGUUUUAAUUCAAGUUCCAUUUUAUAAAUUGUACUCGCAUAGAACAUAUUUUACCCUUAAAAACUUUAUUUUAUUAAAAUGAAAAUAAGAUGAAUCAUCAAGCUUUAUUUUAAUUUUGCAAUAUUUUAUUUUAGUAUAUUUAAUGUAAGUUGUCUAUGUAUUUGCUAGUAAUUGGUUUAUAGAUUUCAUGAAAAACACACAUUUUAGUUUCAACUACAUUUUGUACUUUUUUGGCCCUGCCAUGACUGUUACUGAAGCCUGUAUACCUUUUUCCCUUUGUUCAUUUGUCUUUAUAUUUAUUUUGGAAUGAGUUUAUUUCAUUUGAAUGCAUCAUUCAGAAACAUAAAGUAAUGAUUAUUCCAGUAUACCAACCUUCUUUGAUAGUGCUAUACAUUACAGUCCCUGUCUGUAGUACAACACUUCUAAGCAGCAUUAGUUUCACCAGGACUUUCUUUUUGUACUUUUGUUUUGCAUAAGGGCCCAUCUGUCUGAAACUUAUGGUAAUACAUAUUUUAAAGGAAAGUGCUAUUGAGUUUUGCCAUUUUAACCAUCUUUUCAAUGUAUGUCUUCACAAAAUAAAGGGACAUAAUUAGGAUUCCAGUGUCUUGUGUUAUCUUUUUUGGGAAGGUAUUUUUCAUGUUUCUAUCACAAAAUUUAGGAAAUCUGAAUACUUAAGAAAUAAUUCAUGGGGGCUUGAAUAUAUCGUGAUUUUACAACAGGUUGGCCCUUUAUGACAAAUAUUUUACCCUGAGUAUUGUGAUUUUACUAUGGGUUGGCCCUUUAUGCUCAAAUUUUACCCCUCAGGGUAAUGAGGGGUAAAAUAUUUGUCUUAAAGGGCCAACACGUGGUAAAAUCACGAUAUAUUCAAGUCCCAUGAAUUAUUUCGAUUCUAAUAGGACACAUUCUGCAAAUGUUUUGGAUAAAGGUGCUCUAGGUGAAGGCAUUAUUUGCCAUUCCAAUAAAUAAACGCACUAUCAAAUUGAUGUAAAAAAACGAAGCAAACUGAAUAAGUGACAUGAUUAAACUAUUUACAAUAACAUAUUUGUAUAGGUUUAGAUGAAUCUAAACUAUAAUUGUACUUAAUCAUCUUAUAUGAUACAAGAAUGGCUAAUAUAACACAUUUUAGCAUUGUUUGUUUAUGUUUUCUUGAUGUGAUGAUUUUCAUCUCCACAAGCAUAUUUUUUCCCGUAAAAUGCAUAUUUUCGGACGUCAUCGUUCUAUGAUGUCAAGUAGCUCUUUCAUAAAAAAGCAUAUGACGUGGGAGUACGAUCGGAACAGCCUAAACAAUAUAUUCAUAUUUUACCACGGGUGUGUACUCAAAGCGUUUGAAGGACAUCAUGUUAGAAUGUUAGAUAUAAAUUUGGAUGAAAUUAAGUUGAAUGAGAUAUUGCAUCUGUGGUUUUUAAAUACACAAAUUUGUCUAAAUUUAACGCUAUGAUGCUAGUAAUAACAUUUUUAUUGUAAAUCAUCAGAGAUUGCCAAGAU